AUGUUUGCUUCUGAAGAUGUUGGCGUGAAGCAGCAGAUAUCACCAUUGUUCGAUCUUGUAGAUGACCAUUUGGUACCGUCAGAAAAGUACGAGUUGUGCUUUGUCGAUGAGCUGGAGCCAUUUGGUGUUAAUGUCUAUCAGGUGAUAAAAGCAACCUCUAGUGAGCAUGUCGUGAUGGCCACGCUUACAGCGAAAGGUGUUGUGAAAACUAGUGAGUUCAAAUUCGAUCCAAUCACUGCAAACACGUAUGUAUUGGACAAUUCUGUGGUUGCUGCAGAGUUUGAUACCGUAACAGGUUUUCUAAAGGCAGUUGCACCUAAAGAUCAUGGAAAAAUCGAUGUCGAUCUGCACUAUGUUCAUUAUGGCGUUCGUGCGCACCAGAGACUGAAGAGUGGUAAUGCCGAUAACCUUUCUGGCGCAUACCUGUUCUUGCCUGAUGGUGAAGCAAAGGAAAUUCCGAAGACAGAGCAAGAUUUUGUG